GACGUUUUUCAAUUGUUUUCGAUCUACCUUAUUCUUUAAAUAACAACAUUGAAUAACGCAAUUUUAAACGCUUUGUUGUCUCGAUUUUACCAUAUUGUUAUGCUAAAAGCAUUAAAGGGUAACCAUAGCAUCAAUACGUCUACAUCCAGUGAACAAUACAGAACAUUGUGUCUAUUGAAUACUUUAACCAGUAACAAAACUUGCAAACGGAACAUCUUAUUAAGUGACUAGUUACUGUGGAAAACUGAAAUGCCAGCGUUUGUUAAUCAUUUUUCAAGCAGAGGUGAACGUCAUGCUGCCAAAGAGCGGAACUGGCUGCAUUUAGAACGGGAUCUCUGCACCGUUUCAGCCUAGAGACGGAGUGGGAAUACGAUAAAGGCAGGAGGACGUGAGCUCAGCUGGAGCCAAUGCAGCAGCAGAGCCGGCAGCCUGACCUAGUGGAGGGAAGCCUUCCAGUGUUUGUGUUCCCCACCGAGCUGGUGUUCUACGCAGAUGAGCAGGCUUCACAUAAGCAGGUGCUCACCCUCUACAACCCUUAUGAGUUUGCUCUUAAAUUCAAAGUUUUGUGCACAGCACCAAACAAGUAUACCGUGGUGGAUGCCACUGGUGCUGUUAAACCACAAUGUUGUGUGGAUAUCGUGAUCCGCCAUAGGGACGUGCGGGCCUGUCAUUACAGGGUGAUUGAUAAGUUCCGGCUGCAGGUGUCUGAGCAGAGUCAGAGGAAGGCUUUGGGCAGGAAGGAAGUGAUAGCCACUCUGCUGCCCUCCGCCGCUCAGGAGCAGCCCCAGGUCCGGCCCCAGGAAGAGGAGCGCAGCAUGAAGGAGCAGCUUGCCGACAGAGUGUUCUUUGAGCAGACUGCAUUCCAGACAGGUGCAUUUCACAGUCAACGUGCAUUUAUGUUCUUAAUACACAUUCUUGGUUCAUACUGCGAUUGAUUCAUAGGCACUUGUAUUUCUAAAGAAAAAAGCUGGUAAUCUUACUUCAAAGAGUAAUGGCUUUCUCCAUCUUUUCAACCCUCUCCAUUUUUUUAAACGCCCAAUCCACCAGUCAUCGAAACAACUUUUUAUA